AUGAUAUCCACGUACCAAAUCUUACUUUUACUUAUUUACUCCUGUUUAGCUAACGACUCCAUCAUCGUUCUCAGUGCACCCUAUGAAUCUAAACCAGUAUCUUACGUUCUUUCUUGUGGCACAUCAGGCCAAGACGCCAUCGAUUCCGAUGGUCGAAAAUGGAGCUCCGACGUAAACUUUCUAUCACCGUCCGACAAUUCAACGACAUCCGAAGCUCGGUUCCAAGACCCUUCCUUGCCAUCCACGGUACCAUACAUGAACGCAAGGAUUUUCACAUCAAAAUCUUCGUACAGUUUCAUUGUUCCCCCAAGGACACGCCUUUGGCUAAGGCUCCAUUUUUAUCCAUCUAAUUACGAUAACCUCGACCCAUCGGAGGCCUAUUUCUCGGUCAUCGCUGAUGGCUUCACUCUUUUGAAAAACUUCAGUGCAUCCAUCACUGCAAAAGCUCUAACACAGGCCUAUAUGGCUAGAGAAUUCGGUCUCCGGCCUGUUGAAACCGGCGUCCUCAAUGUUACCAUCGUUCCGUUUGAAGGAUCAUAUGCUUUCAUCAAUGGCAUCGAAGUUAUCCCUAUGCCUAAGGAUGUAUUCCAGCACCCUGCAACCUUGGUUGGAUAUAGUGACCAACAUGUUGAUCUUCAUAACUCCUCUUUGCAAACAAUGUUUCGGAUCAACGUCGGAGGACAGUUCAUCGCUCCGAACUACGACUCCGGUGGACUUACACGAACGUGGUUAGAUGAUUCAAUGUAUCUUCUCGGUGCUGCAUUCGGUGUAACCUCCAAGGCUGCUGAAAACAUUCGAAUUCGAUAUUCAAAAGAUGUAACAGAGGAUAUUGCACCAUUAAAUGUGUAUAGCACGGCACGGACGAUGGGACCGGAUCCGGAUGUUAAUCGGAAUUACAAUCUCACUUGGGUUUUUCGAGUUGAUCCCGGUUUCAUAUAUGUCGUUAGGUUACAUUUUUGUGAGUUACAUUUUACUAAGGUUAACCAGAGAGUGUUUGAUAUUUCUGUUAACAAUCAAACAGUGGAGAAGGCUGAUGUCAUUGCCUGGGCUGGUUCUCAAGGAUUACCAGUCUAUAAGGAUUACGCCGUUCACGUCGAAGAUCAACCUGGAGCCGACGACAUCGAGAUAUGGGUGGCGUUGCAUCCAAGUGUAUCGACAAAGCCCGAACAUUACGAUGCAAUACUUAAUGGAUUGGAGGUUUUCAAAGUUAAUGACACAAAUGCUACUUUGGCUGGGCUAAACCCUGAGCCAUCAGCAAUGCUUGUUAAUGCUGAAGAACAUGAAAAAGAGUUCUCUCCACCAGGGUCUAGACUUGGCCGUUUGCUCGGCGAAGUUGCCGGUGGGAUUUUCUGUAGUGUCCUGGUGGCUGCGAUAUUCGUUUUCGUCCACCGGAGAUCGAACAAUUGGUUGAUGAUCGAUGGCGAUUUCCAUACAUCUACAAUAGGUGGCCAUUGCAGGCGUUUCGCCUUAUGGGAGAUCAAACAAGGAACCAACAGCUUUGAUGAGUCAAAUGUCAUUGGCAUUGGAGGAUUUGGCAACGUUUAUAAAGGUACCAUAGAUCAUGGAACAACCAAAGUUGCUAUAAAAAGAUCAAACCCUAAUUCAGAACAAGGAGUAAAGGAAUUUCACACUGAAAUACAAAUGCUCUCAAAGCUUAGACACCAGCAUUUAGUCUCAUUGAUAGGUUUUUGUGAUGAAAAUGGAGAGAUGAUUUUGGUUUAUGAUUAUAUGGCAAAUGGGACAUUGAGGGAACACCUUUAUAACACCGAUAAACCUCCAUUGCCAUGGAAGAAAAGACUCGAAAUCGCCAUCGGAGCUGCCAAAGGACUCCACUAUCUUCACACCGGUGCUGCCAAGUACACAAUCAUUCACAGAGAUGUGAAAACCACAAAUAUCUUGUUAGACGACAAGUGGGUUUCGAAAGUUUCGGAUUUCGGGUUGUCAAAAAUAGGCUCGAAUGAUGAUCAGACCCACGUUAAUACAAUGGUGAAAGGUAGUUUUGGUUAUUUAGAUCCUGAAUAUUACCGUAGGCAGCAAUUAACCGAGAAAUCCGAUGUUUACUCUUUUGGAGUUGUUCUCUUCGAGGUGUUGUGCGGCAGGCCACCAUUGAAACGGAACUUGUGUAGGGAACAAGCUUGUUUGGUUGAUUGGGCUUUGCAUUGUCUUAGAAAGGGAAAUGUACAUGAAAUCAUUGAUCCCUGUCUUAAGGGAAAGGUUAAUCCAUGGUGUUUAGAGAUAUUCGCUGAGACGGCUCAAAAGUGCGUGUCAGAUUGUGGGAGCAAUCGUCCUUCGAUGGGAGAUGUGUUACGGAAUCUCGACUUUUGCCUUCAGCUGGAGGAAAAUACAGAUACACUGUUAUGAUCGUCAUUGAUGAGGAGGUUGUAAGCUAUUUUUUUUCUUGCAGGCA